ACAGACUCAACAAUGCUUCCCGAUCCAACUGUUCUUCUCAUCAUCGGAGCCGUUAUAGCAUUCAUUUUGGCGUUUGCUAUCGGUGCAAAUGACACGGCAAACUCGUUCGGAACUUCUGUUGGAAGCAAGGUGUUGACUCUUCAUCAAGCAUAUGUUUUGGCUAGUAUCUUCGAAACACUUGGAGCUUGUCUCCUUGGUCAUCAAGUGACAGACACUAUGCGCAAAGGUGUGAUCGACUUCUCAGAGUUUGGUAAACAUGAAAAUGGUACCGUUCUUAUGAGCGAAAAUGAUCUCGGCCAUACUAUCAUGUUGGGACAAAUCGCUAUCCUCACUGGAUGCGGUGUGUGGAUGUUGUUGGCGACUGCAUUCAAGCUGCCCGUAUCUACAACUCACUCAAUUGUUGGAGCCACGAUUGGAUUUGCUCUCGUUGCCCAAGGAUCUCGUGUCAUUGUGUGGGAGAAGAUUUACCGUAUCUUCUUCUCAUGGAUCAUUUCACCACUUCUCUCUGGAAUCGUUUCGGUUUUCAUCUACUUGUCGCUUGAUCAUUUGGUUUUGAGACGUGAACAACCUCUUCACAGUGGAAUUCGAGUUCUUCCUGCGCUCUACUUCAUCUGUUUCGCUUUCAACGUCUUCGCCAUUGUCUAUAAAGGACCUUCUUUCCUCUAUUUCGAUCGACUCAGUCUCACACAAUGUCUCAUCAUCUCUGGAGUGUUCGGAUUAGCGGUUGCUCUUAUCUUUGCGUUCUUCUUGGCACCGUAUCUCAAGGAUCACAUCCUGAGCAAAGAACUUCUUGAAAUAACUGGAAAACAGCGACACAGUCAUCACGGACAUAACGAAAAGAGCAGUUCAAAGCGAAAAGAAUUUGAAAUGGAAGAAGGAAAUGGAAAAUAUCUUGAAUCCGACAAUAACGGUCAACCUCUUCUCGAUCAACCAACUAUUGUAGUCAGUACAUGCCCAUCAAAUGGAGAAUCAACUUCAUCUUUCGCAAAGAAUACAAUUCGCCCGUCUUCCUCCCUUGCUUCAUUCUUCCGUUCCUGUAAACCAGAAGAUCCACAAGCUUCACGACUGUUUUCACUUCUUCAAGUGAUGACGGCCUGCUUCGGAGGAUUUGCUCAUGGAGGAAACGACGUGAGUAAUGCGAUUGCUCCACUUGUUUCGCUUUAUCUGAUUGCUAAUGACGGAAUGAAAUCGGCCGAUAUGGAAACACCAUGGUACCUUCUUCUCUACGGAUCCUUCGGAAUGUGUCUCGGUCUCUGGGUUCUCGGACAUCGUGUCAUCUACACUGUCGGAGAAAAUCUAACCAAGAUCACUCCAGCAUCUGGAUUCGCCGUCGAGUUUGGAGCUGCUGUCACUGUUCUGAUUGCUUCAAAGCUCGGACUUCCUAUCUCAUCAACACAAUGCAAAGUUGGAUCCGUCGUGGCAGUCGGUCUUGUUCAAUCCAGACAUCAAGUCCAUUGGGGAGUAUUCCGGAACAUCUCACUAUCCUGGAUAGUAACUCUUCCAGUUGCCGGUCUUCUUUCCGGUGGAACCAUGAUGAUUCUCCAUUUAUUCUCGUUCGGAACCGAUGCAACGCCCAAGGAUUCUAUCCUCCAGCUCUUCUUCUAAUCGCGUUUUUCUCAACAAUCAUACUAUCCUUUUUAAUUAUAUCUAAGUACUUUCAUUUUUUGGCAUAUUUCUUGAAUGCGUAAUACUUCUUCCAUUUCCUAACCCGCGCUGUUCUCAGACGGUACGCCUUCUAGAUUUUCGUUAUUUUUCUCCUCGAAAGAAAAAACAUUGUUUUGUUAUAUGUUGUAAAAGCUAUAGGAUGCUAUAACCUUAGCGAACUAGCCACCUCUUUUGUCUGCUACCGGUCAAUUUUCGUCUAAUUCGUGGUAGGACAUUGUUUCCCUCUAUUUUUCUGCUCCCUCACUCUACUCUUUUAUACCCUUAUUUGUCGCCAACUUUUCUAUUGUUUUCUCUUUUUUGUUAUUCGAAGAUCAGCGCAGUUUCGAUUUUUCACAAGCCACACUUUUCUUUAUUUUUUUUUGUUUUGUUACCUCAUUUCAUAUUUUAUUAACCUCUCUUCAGUUUCUAAAGCCGUACCUGAGAACGUCUGAAGCUCAUCUUUUGCAGAAAGCAACUUUCGUUUGUUUCUCUCUUCUCAUUCCUUUUUAUCAGUUUUUAUUUUCUUUUAAAACACACAAGAUUGUCUCCCCCACAUUCAUUGAUUUCUCCCCUCCCAAAACAGAAUCUUUACCGACUCCGUGAACUUUUUGUUCGCCCCUUUCCCCCUCUUACAAAAAUCUUCACUUCGGCUUGUUUAGGAAAGUGAUUCUUGAAAUUUUCAGAGGAUUUCAGAAUUAUCUUUCUCAAAACUACGCCCCACUAUGACUUUUCUCAUUGUUUUAUCUUCUACCUUUUCAUUCAUAAUAGGCAAUAAAAUUAAUAGUACCACAAAAUAAAACGUCACACAGACACACUCAA